UAACUUCUGAUUGAAUAAUAACUCUCCACGCAUCGAACGCUUCGCGCUCUGUCCCAGUUCAUAUUGACUUGGUCAGAAGGAAUCUGUGCAGCUGAGAGGCAAGACACCGAGCUACCAGGCACCAAACAAGAUCUGGAGUGAAUUUCGGGUGGAUUGGUGUGCCAAACAAUCGAUUCUCACCACUGGUUUUCACGUGGAGAAGACAUUUUGCCGUGUUGACAGCAAAUUCGGAGAUCCUUGGACAGUGAGCAAGUGGAAAUGGAGAACACAUUGCCUCUCCGCAAACCCAUCUUUGUUGCACUCAAAGGCCUUAUGUCACCUUAUGUCAUGCGUCAAGGCCAUGCUCACCCCUUCACUGCCGCACACCCUAACAACCUGAGCACUAGGAGAAGGCACGGGAUAAUCGCUAUCAAAGCAGAGAAGCGAGAAGAUCCUGAUCCAGGGCUGGGGCUCAAAGCCAUUUGGUAUGGGGCGGAAGGAUUUGGGAACUUGAUUGGCCUCACUAAAGCCAAAAAAGAAGAGAAGACUCAGAGUGAUCGAAAGGAGAUAUGCAACAGAGCAGACGCAGUGGCCGCAAUAAGAAAAGAUUAUGACUGCAACUACUUUGUCAGUGGCAGAGGAGAGAUGUCAGCAUAUGAAAGCGACUGCCUUUUCGCAGACCCAUUUGCGGGCUUCAAUGGGGUGGAGCGUUUCAAGAAGAAUGUCAGCAAUCUUGGCUCGCUGAUGGAGGACAUCAAGUUGGAUAUGCUGGAUUGGAAAGAGACUGAGGAGGCACUGGAAACUAAGUGGAGAUUCAGUGCUGUCCUCUCGCUGCCAUGGAGGCCGCGCCUGGCAGCAUCAGGGGGGACAACCCAUGUCUUCAGCCAAGUAAGGGGCUGCCAAGUGAUCAAGCACAUAGAAUCCUGGGAUGUAGAGCCGGCUGCAGUUGUGCGUAGCUUGCUAAAGCCCAGCACGCGUGCGCCAGCCAACAACUGGGUGAGGUUCUUCAAGGCAGUAGAUGCAGGCGAUGCUGCUGCAGCCUGGGCCGCUGCUACUCCAGCACUCCUGAAAUUUUAUGCUUUGCCUGUGGUGGGAGUCUCACUCGUCACAAAAGCUGCAACCGGGGAGGGUCUUCCGGUGCGAACAUCACAAUGCAUUUCAACGGUGGCUGACAAAACUGUGAGACUGGCAUUUAUCUUGUGUGUGGGAAGCAUCAGAACAUGCAAAGCUGUGACAUGGAGGAAAUGUACUGCAUGCCUCUUGACAUGCUGCAUAUGCAGUUGGUCCUAUUGUGGCAAGGCAGUCCUUGAUGAACUGCCUGGUGCUAUGCAGGGAGUCUUUCUGGGCACUAUAGAAGGAUUUGCCUACCUUGUUGCGCUGGCCGGCGGUACCACAGAGAUUGUGAAAUUGUUUCAGGGAUCUGGAUCACAAUCAAAUUGA